UAAAACUAAUAUACCAUACUAUAAAGAGGAAAAACUAGAUUUAUAGAACGAACUUUUUAGUUAUAGUAGAUACACACCCUUAGCGCUACCACCAAGAUUUAUUCACUUAGAUCAAAUCUGGCGUUGAUUUGAGCAAACCAUGCUCAACUACCAAUGCUUAGAAACAAAAUCUUUUUGUGGAACAUCUCAUAUUGAAUUGGAUGGGAUUCACAUUUAUAUUGACCCAGGAAGUGAUGAUAGUUUGGAGCAUCCUCCAGUACCAGAACAGCCGGAUUUGAUUUUGUUGUCACAUUCAGAUCUAUCUCAUUUAGGAGGAUUGGUAUACGCAUAUCAUAGAUAUGAUUGGAAAAAUGCUCAUAUAUAUGCAACUUUGCCUGUGAUUAACAUGGGCCGAAUGACCAUGUUGGAUGCUAUUAAAAGUAACUUCGUUGACGAUAUUACGAAAGAACAAGUUAAUCAAGUUUUCGACAGUAUAAUUGCUUUGCGGUAUUCACAACCAACUUCUUUAUUAGGAACCUGUUGCGGUGUCUCAGUUACCGCUUAUAAUGCAGGUCAUUCUUUAGGUGGUACUUUAUGGAGCCUCAUCAAAGAGUCGGAGAGUAUUCUCUAUGCUGUUGAUUGGAAUCAUUCAAAAGAUAAGCAUUUAAACGGUACUGCUCUGUAUACGAAUGGACAUAUUUUAGAGGCUUUGAAUCGUCCCAAUACCCUAAUCACAGAUGCAAAUAAUGCUUUGGUCUCCACCCCAUCUCGCAAAAAGAGGGAUGAAGCAUUCAUUGAAUCUGUUAUGUCUUCCCUUUAUAAAGGAGGUACCGUUCUACUUCCUGUAGAUUCUUCUUCUAGAGUUUUAGAACUAUGUUGCUUUUUGGAUAGCCACUGGUCUUCAACACAGCCUCCUUUACCUUUUCCUAUUUUCUUUUUGUCUCCUACAUCUACUAAAACUAUAGACUACGCAAGAAGUAUGAUUGAAUGGAUGGGAGAUAACAUUGUUCGUGAUUUUGGUAUUGAUGAGAGUUUGUUGGAAUUUCGCAACAUACAUACUAUAACGGAUUAUUCCCAACUUUCCAGUAUUGGACCUGGUCCUAAAGUAAUUCUUGCUACUUCCUUAACAUUGGAUUGUGGAUUUUCUCAGCAAGUUUUACUUAAUUUUAUGUCCCAAAAUUCCAACGACUUAAUUUUGUUUACUCAAAAGUCCAGAUGUCAAUCAUCUUUAGCAAGGCAAUUCAUACGCUAUUGGGAACAAGCAUGUAAAAAAUCGAUGGACAUUCCUCCCCCAGUAGGAUUAUAUGCGGAACACAACGUUAAGGUUAAACACAUGGAAGCUUUAGCAGGCGAGGAGUUGAAACAUUACCAAGAGGAACAGCUACAGAAAAUAAGUCGGACCGCUGAGGAUAGUGCUUUGGAACUCCGAAAUAAGACGAUUUUGGACGAAGACUUAUCUUCCUCUUCCGAUGAAGAAGACGAUGAAAUGGGGUUGGCUCCCGAAGCUCCUGGUGCGGCUCUUGGAUCAGCAUUGUUUUUGUCUGGAAAGUCCUUUGAUUUAAAUCUUCGUGAUCAUUCGGUCCAGAAUUUGCAAACAAAGUAUAAAAUGUUCCCUUAUGUUGAGAAAAGAAGAAGAAUUGAUGAAUUUGGCGAAGUGGUCAGACCAGAGGAUUUUGCGACCAUUAACGAACCCAUGAAUAAUUUUGAAGUAGAAGUUUCCUCAUCUGACAAUAUCUCUUUGGAUCCAACAGGUAAAAGGAAGUGGUCGGAAAUUAAUGACGGAAUCCAUGGACAAAAUGAUGACGAUUUUAAAGAAGAUAUUCCCUCAAAGGUUGUAACCGAAGAUUUAAUGAUUAGAAUAUCCUGUCAAGUACAGUUCAUUGAUAUUGAAGGAUUGCAUGAUGGUCGUUCUUUGAAAACUAUUAUACCCCAAGUUAAUCCUCGAAAGUUAGUGCUUAUACAUGCUACGGAUGAAGAAAGGGAAGACAUGAAACGUACAUGCAGUGCUCUCAGUGCGUUUACUAAAGAUGUUUACCUUCCGAAGUACGAGGAGGCCGUAAAUGUUAGUAUAGAUGUCAACGCGUUUAGUCUCAAGCUUUCAGAUGAUUUAAUACGGAAUCUGAUUUGGACAAAGGUAGGAAACUGUGAGGUUUCCCAUAUGUUGGCAAAGAUUGAGAAGCCUUUGGAUUCAGAAACCCAAGACUCAGAAGUAAACGAAGAGGAUGCGAAGCGGAACGAUUCUGACAAGGAGGCGGAUCAUCUUCCUGUCCUUAACCCGGUCACAUUGCGCUCAGAUUUGGCUAGAGCACCACGUGCUGCUCCUCUUUUAGUAGGAAAUACUAAACUAGCUGAACUACGCAAAGCUCUUCUAGAUCAAAGGAUAUCUGCAGAGCUUAAGGGUGAAGGUGUUCUAUUAUGCGGUGGGGUCGUAGCUGUAAGAAAACUUAGCGGCGGUAAAAUCACCAUUGAAGGAGGUUUGAGUAACCAAUUUUUUGAAGUUAGAAAGAUGAUAUACAAAAUGUUGGCUAUCGUUUAAGAAAAGCUGGCGAGUUAUUUAUAUACUAGUUGAUCAUUUAUUCAUAGGAUUCUUAAAGUCAUAUAAGCUUCAUUGCCUAUUUAUUUUCUUUUCAUUAAGUUUCUAUCUUCCAAGUCUCACUUACCACCUUCUCCUCUUACUCGUUUCCAAUCGUCGCUACCAGUUUGACGAGCUGGUAAAGCAGAAGUAACAUCUUCUUGCUUUCUAUAGCUAAGCAAUUCUUCUUUUUCUCUCUUAUCUUCAUCUAAAAGUUUGGACCGAUCAUCUGCAGUUAAAGGAGAACGAAACUCCUCAUUUAAUGAUCUUAUGACAUGCUCAAUAACAUAUUCUGGACAGCGAUUUCUAGGAUUACCAUUCUCUGGAUUACGGAUAUAACGACUAGAGACAUCACGGACACUGUCAACUAAAAUUUGGUAAGCCUACUUUGUCAUAAAAAGAGUGUUGAUCUUACUUGAGAACCCAAUGCAGUAUGACAUCUUCUUUCCCCAUCCUAAAUCGCAAGUUAGCAACAUUUUCCAGAUGAAUGGUUUAUUACCUUGCUCAUAAAUUAGUGGCUGAUCAAAUGAUUCUUCACAGGAAUCUACAUGUACCCAUCGGUUUUGUUUGAAACUAUAAACUUCAGUCCAAACAUGAUCUUCCGCAUUCCAAACCCAACGAGCUCUGGAACCCAGGGCUCGACAUAAAAACGUGAAACACUAAUGAAGUUAGAUGGUAUUCUCUUAAUGCCAAUGAAUACAUACGCAUGCCCAUUCUCCACAUCUUCCUUUCCUUGAAUGAAGAAGAGGUCGUACUUUGUUGUACCGAGGAAAUCUCUGCUGAUGAGAACAAGUAUUACAUUGGUAAACUUCGACGUUGUUACAUCCCUGGAAACUUUCCUCUGCAUUUGGCCUAGAAGCACCUAUUAAAUGUGUAUCAGACUGCAAGUGAGUUAAUAAUUAUCUGUUAUAUAAGCAAGUGAUAAUUACCUGGCAACUUUCACACUUCGGAGAAUUAACCCAAGAAAAAAAUUCGUGUUUAAACCAAGAAAGAAGUGAUUGGAUUAAAUAAUCUUGGUAACCCCAUAAUCCAUUGCCAUCAUUUUCUCUUUUUGUAGCUUCUUCAAAUAGUUUCUCUAACGGUAAGACAGACAUAGCCAUAUCUUGUAACUCCGGGUCUUCAUAAGUCCAUGGCUCUUGGGACAACUGCCUGAUCUGAUGGUAGAAUGGGAAACUUUCUGGAGGUUGGGAUGCAUUGCUCAAGCCUUUAGCUUUCUGCUGCAUCAUAUUUUUAAAUCGUUCAGUAAUCGCUUGGAAAUUCAUUAUGCAAGUUUAGUUUCUUAUUUAUCGAAUCGCUUUAGUAAUUGAUUCUUAUAAUUGAAAGAAAUUAGUAAAAAUGAACUGUUUGAGAAAGAAAUUUCUGAAAAAUGUGUAGGACAACCAACAACUUAGAAUGAAUAACCUUUUAGUU